UGGAGCAACCGCAAACAUGCGGCAGCGCUGGCGCUAACCCCGUCGUACUAUGCUGCCUACCUGACAUGACGUUUUGCGUAUCCGUGUGUGGGCUUGUUAGUGCAGCCUGCGACCUGCAAUGGCUGGUUCCACGGUUCCGGAAGGGUGAUAACGAGCUUGUGAUUCUCGACGAACCCACGUGCUCCAGGGCUGCCCAACAUUGUGGCUGUAUGAACCAGCUCGCGGCUCCGGCAGCGAUGCGGUAUCGUUGCUAAAAUGUCAGCGAAGGAAGCCCUUGAAGCCCUAUGGAGUGCCUACCAAAUCAAGCGGAAUUCCACCACACUCUCGGAGUACAUGGUGGAGUUUCGCCGUCAGUACGGCGACUGCUUGAAGACGGAUUUCGCAGCUAACCCAAACAGGUCUAUUGCUAGCCCUCUUCUGAUAGACCUUCCUGAAGGAUUCCUUCAGGAGGUGGAGUCAUACCUGAGGGAGUGUAGCGAUGAAUGCAACACAGGCGUUACUGUCGAAACAGUGCAAAGGGCCAGUGUGGCUGUUCAAGUGCUCAGCAUACUGUCACGCAACUUCAACAACAUUCCAUUUGUUUCAACUAGCGAUGCAGUGCCUCUUGUCAUUGUGAUUUCAUCAGCUGUUGCCAACCAGUACACUCAACACUCGAAAGAUGCAAACGACCAGAACACUGCAAGUUUCCUCCUCUCUGUGCUGGUCUUCCUUGAAGUCCUGUACGACCCACAUCUCAUCUGGCAGAAGAUGUGCAGCAAGGUCCCUUUGGACUCAACAAAGUGUAAAGUUAGCCCAUCACAUCUUCACCUUGAAGUUAUUCCGUUUUUCUAUGAUUGCCUCUCUUCAAAGCCUUGCUUUUUGCCUGCCUCAAUACAGAUGAAGCUCAUUCAUGUUUUUGGUGCGAUCAUUUGUGGAGCCCAGCACAAUGCUCAAGUGGCAAUAAACCAAAACACAGUAGAAAUCCUGUUCCACCGACUACGGGAACAGGAAUGCCCGCUUGAGGUGAAGAUGACAGCGGUUCGAUGCAUCUUGCAAGGUAUCGUCACACUGUGUGCCUCCCCACCAGAAGCAAGAAAAGUGGACCUGGAUGCAUUCGUGUGUGAGUACUUGGGGACUCUGUCCAAGCUGAUGACUGAAGAGGAGAAGCCCACGCAAGUGGAUACAGCUCAGUGGAUGAUGAGUGGUCUGCAAGAACUCUUUUCAUCGAACAGCAAUUUGGCCUUGAAGAAAGUGUUUCACGACAACGAACUGGUUGUGCGCCUUAUUCGCUCUCUUCAUGGAACCAAGUUAAAGAGUGGUAGUGCCCAGAAAAUGGCCACCUCCUCCGUACGGCUGAUUCAUGUCUUCCUUUCCAAUGUUCCUUUUGCAAAGAAACACUUCUCAAGCAUGCAAGGUUACCGUACUCUGAUCAGCACGCUCAAGACUAUGGGGGAGCCUCAGCAGUGUACACUGGAAACACUUCUUGAAUGGCUGGUUGAGGAGACCCCGCGCCUGACAGGGACGUCGUCAACGCUUCGCAACUUAGAGCUGAUGAUUCACCUGCUGCACUGGCUCCCUCAACUAGAGUCACAUUCCCUCCAGCUCUGGCUGGCUGAGCAGCUCGACUCCAUGGUGAAAGGGUCGCUCAGGUCGCGCAUGGCCUGCGCACGGGGCGGUGUCAUCCCAGCCAUCAUUCACGUGCUGGGCAGGAGUAGUGCUAUCGGUGGCAAGGCUGUAGGGCAGCUCCUGAAGUUUCUGGUCACGCUAGCAUCCUGCUCCAUUAGCACAUCGGAACUGAAGGCACUCUUCCACUUGCUGCGGCCUAGCACUUCUGGAGAACAGCACCAAUACACACUGCCAUUGAUGUAUGCCCUGUCAAGCAUGGUGAAAAGUGAUGGCUGGCUUGGGGCAUCUCACUUCUUUGACUUCAGUGACUUAGACGAGGGAAUUGUCAUCCCAAACAUUAAAAAGUGGCCUGGGUCUGGGUUUGCAUUCCAUGCAUGGGUACGCCUGGAGAAACUGAAUGUUCGCAAGGCAGCACCGUUCAGGAGACAGCUCUACAGUUUUACAAGCCCAAAUGGGACCUUGGAGUCAUUCUUCACUGCUCAGGGAAAACUAGUGGUUGCCAUUGCAACAAAGAAAGACUUCUACGCUGUUCCUGUGGAAGGGAUUACCUUGGACGAUGAGACGUGGCACAGCGUGGAUGUCUGCCACACACCAGCUCGUCGCCCGUUCACUAACAGCACCACCACAGUUUUCAUCGAUGGACGGCAGCGUGUCAGCGUGCAAGUGAAGCUGCCUUCACUUAGUGAGUUCUCGCAGUGUCAUGUUGCAUGUGGGAACUCCAACGAAGCAUCUGCGUUGAUUGGUGAGAGGCGGUCGGCCAGAGGAAGGGGCUCUGGCGACAGCUCUACGUCUACCUCAGUCGUCGAGCACAGCUCUGGGGCUGGAGAGGAGCAGCCAAGCCAAAAUGCUGCAACUGGUGGCUUCCUUAAGAACAGUGCCCUUGGGUCGUUCCUCAGUGGCUGGGACACGGACAAGAUCUUCUCCAUGGCCCCGAGUGUCCCCGCCAAUCUUAGAAGUGCCUUCAAUGCCGACCCUGACCCAUCUAUCUGUGUGUCACCACUUGAGUCACAUGAGCAGGUUUGGGGUUUGUCCAGAGGUCUCAAGGGACAGAUUGGAUCACUGUGCCUCUUCAGCGAGCCUCUCCAGGCAUCUCAAGUGAAAAUGAUGUACACUGGAGGCCCCAGGAACUAUACGUUAUUCAAGAAUGAAGACUCUGUAGAAGUUGCAGAGCUACUAGGAAAGCUGGUUCUUUACUUUGAUGCAAAGGCGUCUGUUAAUGGAACAUGUACAAACCUCGCCCCCUCUUCAUCGCUUUAUGAUGGCACAUUCACUGGCCGCUACUGUCAUACACAGAAUGUCAAGGAUACAGUCAACUUGAUUGGUGGAUUCCCAACACUAUACGUUCUUCUUGAGAACUCCGGGAAGCCCAUUCCAAAGUGCUCUCCCAGCUUUGAGGCUGCUUCUACACCUUCCAGCAACAAAGCCUCAGAGGAAAUUGUAGAUGACUGGAUUGUAGUGCCAUCAUCCUCAUCAUCUUUCUCUGGAUCGCAGUUCGUGCUGCUGGAUUUGCUGCGUGAGACGGAGGGCAACCCUAAAACACUUGCCAAGGAUUUGAGGUUAGCUCAGAAUCAAGUCUCUAGCUUUCUAGUUAUUGUACAGCAUCUCAUGCAAGGAAGUCCAGAGAACCAAAUGCAGCUCUUGGCUCGCACUGGGAUCCCUACCAUAGGAGCCCUCAUGCAAAGGGUUCCAGGACAUUGCAUUGAUGUGAAUGUCCUAAUGGCAGUUCAGCUGUUGGUUGAGAAUGCAAGCACUGUUGAGAACGCUCAAGAAAUGCUGCAGCUUGUGUAUCAGCACAUCCUAUUUGACUUUAGAAUUUGGAGCAAAGGAAGUUUUGCUGUAAGGCUAGGGCACAUUCAGUAUCUAACCACUAUAAUCAAGGAGGACCGAAAGUACUUCAGGAAGAAGUAUGGACCCAGGUUUAUGCUAGACAUGGUACAAAUGUUUUACAGUGACUGCAGCCUGCUCACAUCUGAUGAUGUCAAGACCAUCCGCAUGGCCGUGCUCUUCCUGGUCAAAUUUUACAUGAUGCGUGAUGUCAGCAUCCAAGAUGUCAGUGCUGUUGUUUCUUAUGUGCUCUCACAGAGAAAAGAAGAACUGGCAAAGGAAAUGAUUGAGAUGCUGCUGCACCUACUUGAGAGCCCGUCUACAAAAGACCAGCUCGUGCUUUUACUCUACGAACCCAACUGCGCUGAGUUGUUUUACUGCAUUCUACUCAAUAGAGAGUUCUCCAGUUGCACUAAAGUCAAGGUUCUGAAGGUGAUUCAAGCACUACUCAGGUCUGACAGGGUGUACGAAAAGUCGAAAUCACGGCUACGACUUGCUGAAGUAGGAUUUGCAUCUUUAACUGGCCUACUGUCACCAAAUGAAGUCACUAGUGAAGUAGCUAGGGAGCUUGUCAAUUUGAUACUCAUGUCAGAUAUUUCCCAAGGAUUCCCAGGCUUUCUUGCUGUGCUGAAUCUUAUCAAGAACAUGGAUAUUGAACUCAAAUUUUAUUCUGCAAAGAAGCUUCUUGGAGUGCUCACUGACAGUGCUGCGCUGCUACCACAGCUUGCAGCACAGACAGGGUGGCAAGAGUGUGUCCUUAGCCUCCUCAUCAAGGAGCCCAUCUCAGAAUCUAGUUGUGCAAAUCGUGCUACUGUGCCUGCACUUGACCUGAUUGACCUCAACUCCCUGGAAGCUGAUGCCAAUGCAGACUCUGAAAAGCCAGGGUCACCCGUGUUGAAGCGGGGCACACUUCACCGCCUCUCCCAGAAGGCCCUGGUUGCUCAGCAGUCACUAGAGGAAAUCCUGCCCGGAUCACCCAAAGCAUCCCAAAUCUUCACUCACCUCAAGGAGCACAUCUUUGAUUUUGAGAUCACUCAGUUCCUUGGAAGUGCUCGGUCCCGUACCAACAGCCAGUGCUCAAGCCAGGAGGACCUGGCGUCCGACGCGACCCAGCGGAGCAGCCCUAUUUCCGUCACUCCUUCUUCCUUGCGUAGGGCUCCCGACCAAAGCCCACGCAUCUCACCAGCGCAUAAGAUGUUGGGAACAUCACCGGUGCGAAGUCCUGUAGAAAAUGGCCUGAGUGGCGGCACUGAGGAACAGCUGAUUGACUGUGUCGUGGAGGCAGCGUUUCUCCUUGCUUGGCGUGGCAUCGAGGGUUCUUCUAAGCAGUCUUGGAUGGAACGAGGGCAAGUGCUGGUAUGUGUCAACAAACUUGCCCUGACGAAUGAACUUGUUGCCUCACACCUGGAGAUCAAGCGGAAGCUUUUUGAAAGGCUGCUUCAAGCCUGUUGCACCAGCCUGCAGGAAUCAGGUAGCUAUGGACAGGCCAAUGCCACCUAUGCUGAGAAUGCAUCCGAGCUUAUGAAGCUGGUUUUUGACUUUGUCUGCCAUGAAAAUGUCGAGGACGAGAGCCGAUUGAGUGAGAAGCUCCUGGAGCAUGUCCUGAUGGUGAUGGACCUGCUGAUGGUGUUUGGCGAGUCACCAGGAGAUGAAGGUUGGGAGGACAUGUCCAAGCUGGCCUUGGGCAUCCUGCUGGUGUGUGCUGCGAGCCACAAGCUUGAGCUGUGUGCCAUGGCGACUGCUCGGCUGCACACACUUGUGCAGACGCGCCCAUUCGCAUCACUGGAGGAGUCCUGCUACCUGCUUACCGGAGUGAACACUGUCCUCGCCAAAGCAGUCAAAGACGGAGAUCAGGAGCAAUACUCGUUUGUGAUUCCCGUGGUGCGUGCUUUGUUGGAGAGAGUUGGCCUGAGAUUACGGGCCUGGCAGCAUUUGCCAUCGCAGCCUAACAUGGAUGCUGGCCCAGCCUUUUUUGAUCAGUUCCAGAAAUACGCACUCACACCAGAAUGGACUUCAUUUGUCUCUAAUGUGGUAAGACCAGUGCAAGAGCAAUACAGCUCAAUGCUUAUUAGAGAGCAACAUGAAGCCAUGAAUGGCUUCUGGAAUCAGUGCUAUGAAGGCAUCAUGGUUGCCAUGCACCGGCGAAGCAGAGGGGUUGGUGAGAGCAAGCUUCGAUUUCAAUCACAGAUCCUGAGUGCAUUUCAAGCCCGGCUGGUGGAAGAGCAGCAGCGGAUACUUGCAAUGCAAACAAACCUCCGAAAUCAGCACUUGUUCAUCUGCCGACGAUGGAAAGCCACCAAGCUUUUUCUCACUGGACCCUGUGGUCCCUGGGCAUCAAGUGUCACCAAGCCACUUUACUGGAAGCUGUCCCAGCAGGAGAACUUUGCCAGGAUGCGACUGAAAUUGACCCUUAACCAUAAUUUCGACAGCCACUACCAGGCUAGCUGUCUACGAGACAACCAAGGUAUCCUGGCAAAUCAAAACACAAGCUGGCUUCCACCAAUCACGGCUGAAGCCAGAGCCAUGCAGCAAAAGGAAGACAUCGUUGCUGAAGAAGACAUCCAAGCUCUGCAAGGACAAGUGCAGGAUUUGGAAAAUCCUGAUGGCAUCAUUGAUAAGAAGAAGCCCGUGAUUGAGGAAGACUGUGAACUUGUGACACUUAUGAAAGUUGUGAAAGGCCGGUUUGAGGUCACUGCAACUCAGAUUUACUUCAUUGACCUCUCACCAGUGAGGGAAGAAGGUGAAAGGCACGACUUCACAUAUCCCUUGCACAUGCUGCGGGAGGUACACCUGCGACGUUACAAUCUGCGUCGCUCAGCCCUGGAGUUCUUCCUUGUUGACCAGACCAACUUCUUCCUGAACUUCACAACAAAGACUCGAAACAAGAUAUUUGGCCGGGUGGUGGCCUUGCACCCACCCAACCUGCUCUACUCGUCUGGAACACGCUCACCGGCAGAGCUGCUCCGUGCAUCCGGCCUCACCCAGCGCUGGGUGAACCGGGAGAUCUCCAACUUUGAGUACCUCAUGCACCUCAACACCAUUGCAGGACGUACCUACAACGACCUCAGCCAGUACCCUGUUUUUCCCUGGGUACUGGCAGACUACACCUCUCCCAAGCUAGACUUCGACAGCCCUUCCAUUUACCGAGACCUGUCACGUCCAAUUGGCAUCGUCAACCCAAAGAACAUUGAGGUGGUCAAGGCCAAGUUCGACAGCUUUGUGGACAUAACUGGCACAGUGGAGAAGUUCCAUUACGGCACCCACUAUUCCAACUCUGCAGGCGUCCUGCACUACCUAGUGCGCCUGGAGCCAUUCACUUCCCUCCACAUUGAGUUGCAGAGUGGCAGGUUUGAUGUGGCAGACCGGCAAUUCCACUCUGUGGAAGCCACAUGGAAGAUGCUCAUGGAAAGUCCCAACGAUGUUAAAGAGCUCAUUCCAGAGUUCUUCUAUCUACCAGAAUUCUUAACAAACAUGAAUGCAUUCGAUCUGGGGCGGCUACAGGGAACGAAGGAACAGGUGGAUGAUGUCAGGCUCCCUGCUUGGGCGACUUCUCCUGAGGACUUCAUCUACAAGCACAGGAAAGCUUUGGAAUCGGAGUAUGUAUCCCUCCACUUGCACGACUGGAUUGACCUCAUCUUUGGCUACAAACAGAAGGGCCCCGCAGCUGCUGAAGCCCUGAAUGUCUUUUACUACGUCUCGUAUGAAGGGGCUGUGGACCUGGAUGCGAUCAAAGACCCUGUCCAGCGAGAAGCUACAGAGGGAAUCAUCAACAACUUUGGCCAGACGCCUUGCCAGCUGCUAAAGGAACCUCAUCCGAGAAGGCUUACCUAUGAGGGAGCCAUGCUACGAAUGACCAAGUCUGACACUAAGCCCCCAAACCUCUUCUUGUUCCUGCAAAACCUGAAGGCCUAUGUAGUGGAUGCCCCACUGAGCUGUCCAGUUGUGCAUGUGAACAUCCCACGAUCGCCAGCACGUUCCUUCAUGCAACAUGGCCUCAUGGACACUUUGGUCACCAUAGGUUGUGAUGGCUCACUUGGGGUUCAUGGCUGGCUGCCCUACGACAGAACCCGGUCUUAUCCUAACUAUUUCACCUUUGAGCGGGAUCCAAACAUCCAAAACACCAAGACUGCUAAGAAGUUGGCAGGAGUGUUCCAGCCGGGGGCCAAGGUGCACAGCCGCCUGUUUGUGCUAAGUUCAGAUGGCAAGUUCCUUGUUUCUGGAGGCCAUUGGGACAACAGUGUGCGUGCCUACAGCCUAUUGCGUUCAAAGCAGGUGGCACAUGUGAUUUUGCACAAAGAUGUGGUCACAAGCCUCGCAACAGACAGCUGUGGAAUGUAUCUCAUGACUGGCUCUCGGGAUACUACUUGCAUCAUCUGGGAGCUAAACCAAUUGGGAUCCGGGAGUUUCCUUCCCAACAAGCCAUUUCAGACUCUGUGUGGACAUGAUAGCGAAGUGACUUGUGUUGCAGUAAUUACAGAACUUGACAUGGCACUCUCUGGAUCGAAGGAUGGAACUGUGAAUGUCCACAGCGUGCGUGAGGGCCACUUCUUGCACACCCUACGGCUUCCCGGUGACAUGCCCGAGCAGGUGGCACUGCUAUCUGUGUCGCACCUGGGCUUCAUCUGCAUUCACAGCUGCCCGGAUCCUCAAGCACUCCUGAAAUCUGGUUACGUGCUCCACCUGUACACAAUCAAUGGGAAGUACUUGCUGAGGAAGGAGGUGGCAAGGGCCAUUUCGGACAUGAUUGUUUGUGAUGAUUAUCUCAUCACAGGUGAUGAAGAGGGACUGCUUGUCAUCUAUGAACUGUUUGGCUUGGCCGAAAAGGUUUCGCUGCCACUGUGUUCCUCCAUUUUGACGGUAGCUCGCACGCCCACCAACUCGCACCUCAUCUGCAGCCUAAGUGAUGGGAAACUCGUCGUCGUCGGAAUCUCGACAUCGUCACUUCGUUCUUCCUCCUGAAUAAUUCCGAUGCCCAACUCAAGAGCACCCUCUGCAUUCAAGACCCAGGUGCCUGGAAGGAAACUGUCAAUCUUCCCCGACAUUUGACCCACAAAGUACACUUAUUGUGGUUUCCAUGUUAAGCACAAACAGAGAGGUAACUACUAUAUUGCAAGGGGCACCAGAGUAGCACAGAGAGCAUUGCAAGGGCUCGUGCAAAGUUUUAAUUAUUCAUUGCACUAGUUUUGUUAACAAUGUUGCUUUUAUCUUGUUGGCACCACUGGUUGUGACAGUGAAACUGUGUGAUCACUUGUUUUAGCACACUUAUUUACUAGAUUGUGAAAGCCAUAUAUAUAUGUGUGUGUACUCACACACACACUCUCUCUC